CACUCGCCUUUAUCCCGGCCCUCAGUGGGGUGGGGCGCGCGCUGCCUGAGCGGCCUCUUACGGAGCGUGCGCAGAGACUCCCGCCCUCCCCUCCCCUCCCCUCCCCCCCGGCCGGCCGAUUUUUACGUCCGGCCGGAAAGCCGCUCCGAGCAGCAUGGGGAAGGUGGGACUGCAGCUGCGGGCCACCAUGGAGGGCGUCACCGGCCUGCGGCCUGUCGGCGAAGACUUCCGCUGGUACCUCAAGAUGAAGUGCGGAAGCUGCGGGGAGAUUUCGGAGAGAUGGCAGUACAUCCGUCUGAUGGACAGCGUCCCGCUGAAGGGGGGCCGCGGGAAAGCCUCGAUGGUGCAGAAGUGCCGACUGUGUUCCCGGGAGAACUCCAUCGAUAUUUUGAGCAACACCAUCAAGCCCUACAACGCGGAAGACAGCGAGACGUUUAAGACGAUAGUUGAGUUUGAGUGUCGGGGGCUGGAGCCGGUGGAUUUUCAACCCCAGGCCGGGUUCGCGGCCGAGGGGACGGAGUCCAGGACGCCGUUCAGCGACAUUAAUUUGCAAGAAAAGGACUGGAACGACUACGAUGAAACCCUGAAGGCGUCGGUGGGAAUCUACGACGUCACCCACCAGUUUGUCAAGUGCUGAGCACCCGCGCCCCCGGCCGCCCUCCGGGAGGGCAGCGGAGGAGCCGGCGGAAGGGGGGUGAGCGCAGACCCCUCGCUUCCCGUGACCUUUCUCCUCAACCCACAUGAGCUGGGGCCCGGGUCGUCCCAGCAGGGGGCUGCCCUCCCCAGCCCCCCGAAUAAAAGCCUCCCGUUGCCCCGCUUA